AUGGAAGCCCUCAAUGCAGUAGGCUUGACACCCAUCUCUGUUCUUUCAGACAAGAGAAUAGAACCCAGAAAAAGUCUUUCACUCCCCAUUAUAUCUCCAUGUAAAUCCCCAAAUUUUGCAAAUUAUAAUCCCAGCCCACCAAAUAUUUCAAAGGUCUUUCCAAGGAGUACUGUUCAUGGUGGUCUAGUGCUUCUAUCUUCUGUUCUAAGUACUGAAUUUGCUAGAGCACUGACAUAUGAAGAAGCAUUACAGCAGUUAGUAGGCACUUCCACUUCUUCUGGGAGUUCUUAUGACUUUGAUUUCAGUGGGUUUCUUGAUAGUGCUAUAAACUUUGGAGUGGAGAAUCCUACGGUUAUAGCAGGUGGUGUGGCCAUUUUGGCCUUGCCUCUAGUUUUAUCUCUGGUAUUCAGUAAGCUUAAGCCAUGGGGAGUUGAGUUUGCUAAGACGGCUUAUGCAAAACUGGGUGAUGAUGCCAAUGCCCAGUUGCUUGAUAUAAGAGCACCAGUGGAAUUAAGGCAAGUGGGUAGUCCGGAUUUGCGGGGUUUGAAGAAGAAGCCUGUUUCUGUUGUGUACAAAGGCGAAAAUAAGCCAGGGUUCUUGAAGAAGCUAUCUUUGAAGUUGAAGGAACCAGAAAGUACCACAUUGUUCAUUCUCGACAGAGACAGAUUUGAUGGAAACUCUGAACUGGUUGCGGAGCUGGUCACAGCUAAUGGCUUCAAAGCUGCUUAUGCAAUAAAAGAUGGUGUAGAAGGAAAUCGAGGAUGGAUGAGUAGCGGUCUUCCUUGGAUACUCCCAGCAAAAGUACCGAGUCUUGAUCCCAGCAACUUGACUGAUGCAAUUAGUGGUGCCCUUGGAGAGGGUUCUGAUGCUGUACCUCUUACCCUUGGCAUUGCCGCAGCCACUGGAUUAGGUUUAUUAGCAUUUACAGAGGUAGAAACAAUACUCCAGCUCUUGGGUUCUGCUGCACUUCUUCAGUUUGUCAGCAAGAAAUUUCUCUUUGCCGAGGAUAGAAAGCAAACUCUUCAACAAGUUGAUGAAUUCCUGAACACCAAGCAAAUUGGAAAGGCUCUUCUACCAUCACCUGUGACUGGCAAAGCUCUUACUGCACCUGCUGAGGCAAGCUCUCCUGUUGCUGAUAGCGCUGUUCAGAAAGCAGAAGCAGUUCCUGAGUUGAACCCUGAGCCUCCAAAAGUAGAAACAGCUGUAGAACCGGAGAUCAAUUCAGUCCCUAAAGUUGAAGUUAAAGCAAAAUCACUUGCUGGAAUUUCAAGCUCACUAUCUCCAUAUCCUAAUCCUAAAAGCUUGGAGACAUUAGCUUGA